AUGUCGGAAUUUGUUACUUUUCCUGAAAGCGAAGUCUACUCGCCCAGGCCACCAAGCUAUAUUAAUAUUUAUGACCGCGUCAAAGAUGCUGCAUCAACAGUUGUAUCAUCUUUGAUCCCAAGCUCGUCUACAGCUUUAUCUACUCCAGCUGAGAGUGCAUCAGCACAGCUGCAGAGUUUUUCAAUUGCCAAUCAAAAUGCUUCUGAGGCUCCAGGCGAAAACAAAGCUGAUACCAAUGGGGCAAACUCCCCGGCCAAGCCUCCUCCUCUCAAUAGAAAUGAUACAGCUAUUUCUAUUGCGGCAAUUGGUAAUUCAGAGCAAUCAAGCAGUGGUUUUUUGCCUGUAUCUAAAACUCCUCUAGUGGGAGUAUCAUCGGAACCGUCCGUCCCCAUGUUGACGAGUGUUCCAGCCAUCGCAAUUGACACACCAGCAGAUACAUUUGGUGAUACUGACAGUAUUAUAUCGACUGUUUCUUAUUCAAGGGCGUACCUAUCAGCACAGUACAGCAGAGCUCGCAAGGGACCAGCAGAUCCUCUCUCUAAAGAGUUUUGGAUGAAGGAUGAGAACGCCACAUCGUGUUUUCGCUGUUCACGGCCAUUCACAACCUUUCGCAGACGCCAUCAUUGCCGUAUUUGUGGUCAGAUCUUUUGUGGCUCGUGCACGAGUUUGGUUGCUGGUUCACAUGUGAGCGGUUCGGGCAAUGUACGUUGCUGUGAGCUAUGCAUGUCUUCACUGGAUACCCAACAUAGUUCCUCAGACGAAGAAGAUGUCACUGCUGUAUCGUUCGUUGGCUCUUAUCCUGAUUCAAUGACCGCCUUUCAUCGAAGAGAUGAUUUCAGAAUUCCCAACGCAGCGAGAUUUGGGCCGGUAUUAACAGGAGAGCAUUUAGAGCAUAGUGAGGAAGAUGACGACACAGACCCAAACGAAGCGAUGACCAGUUCGUUUUCCAAUCGUAUGCCGUCAACCGGCUUGCCUUCAGUUCACAUUACGCGUCCGCGAAGCAACACCAACCGUUCUCAAAGAUCCAUACAGCAGUUGGUCAAAUUCCCCGUUCAUACUUCAUCAGUUGAUUUGAGCUCUGCGGCAGCACAUCAUACCGAGGCAUAUCUAAACAAGCUUAUUGCGGAAGCAGAGCUGCCUUCUGAUCCGUGGGCAUCAGUGCUUUUGCAACCGCUCUAUACGGCCGCUGCAAGCGUCCACGCUGAGUUUCUUCCAAACCAAAUCGAUCCUCGUGAGUGGAUCAAAGUCAAGCGGAUUUGUGGUGGAACCCCCCAGGAUAUUGAUUGCAUUAGUGGAACGAUCUUUACCCAUGCACUCGCCCAGAGAGUCAUGCCCUCUCAUAUUCAGAAUCCUCGGAUUCUCUUGAUCACUUUCCCAAUUGAAUACUCACGUGGUGCAGGUAGCUAUAUGAGUUUAGAACCCAUUCUAGCUCAAGAACAGGAGUAUUUGAGAAAACUCGUCACGCGUAUUGAGGCACUCAAACCAACCAUGCUCUUGAGCACAACGAGUAUUGCACGUUCAGCACUGGAAAUGCUUUCACUCGCUGGAAUAGCUGUUGCCUGUUACGUCCCUGAAAAUGCUAUCCAGCGCUUGGCAAGAUAUACACAAGCAGAUGUUCUGUCUUCUUUUGACAAGCUUUCCACCAAUCCUCGCUUAGGGUUUUGCUCUGAGUUUGAACGUCGAAUAUAUCGCUAUGGUGAUAUGGCCAAAACAUUUCUGUUUUUCACAGGCAUCUCUGCAAAUUCUGGCUGCACGAUUAUUUUGAGAGGUGAAGAGAACGAACUAGCCCAAGUUAAGCCUCUCAUGGAGGUAAUGGCUGUGGUUGUUACGAGCCUUAAGCUGGAGACUGCUCUUAUGAGAGAUCAGUUUGUCCUGUUGCCGGCUAUAGAUGAUGGUCCUGUACUGAGCAGCUCUCCUUUCGUUGAUUUCGGCCGUCCUUAUUUGCAAAAGUUAACCCAACAGCUUGAAGAUGAAGUUGUACACGCAAAAACCACUAUUGAGAAUGAACCUGAAAAAGAGGAAGCUGACCAAGAUGACUCUGAAGUUAUUGAUUGGAAGUCGAGAGCUAUAGAUUUUGGUAUCAAGGUCCCCUCAGAGCUGCCUGGAGGAUGGCAACUCCUCCGUCGCUAUGUGGCUCAAAUCCAGAACAACCGUCAUGAGCAAGCCCAUGGACGUUGGAACAAAGUUCAAGAACAGUGGGAUCAGCUCGAGACUCAAAGUCCUUAUUUAUUUUCCCCUACAUUCCAUCAAAGCUUGGUAGUGCUUUUUGCCUCAGCAUGUCGCCCUGUUUCUGGUAUCAUAUGUAUUGGCCCCGAGUCAGUCAUGAUGGACUAUUAUCUGAACUCAGAUUUAACAUUGGGACAGUGGAUUGAGCAGUUUUGUCAAACUUACAACGAUUCUUGUCCCGAAAACUGUGGCCAUGCUAUGUCAGAACACGAUCGUUAUUAUAUUCAUGGCGAAGGACGCCUGAGCUGCGCAGUUGAGCCCCAUGAUUGCCCCAUGCCUGGAAUGACUGACACCAUUUUGAUGUGGAGCUAUUGUAAAAAGUGCGAUCAAGUACAACCAGUCGUGCCUAUGUCUUCGUCUACUUGGAAAUACUCUUUGGGAAAAUACUUUGAACUGGCAUUCUGGGGUAAACCUCUAUCUCUCCGUGCCGGCGUGUGCCCCCAUAACAUUUAUCGAGACCAUGUUCGGUAUUUUGGUUGGCAUAACCUUGCGGUUAAAGUUGAAUACCAAGCAAUUGAUUUGUUUGACGUGAAAACCCCAACUCCUAUUCGGCAUGUCGACUCUGUUGGUGCCAUUAACUACAAAAUUGACAGUUUUGUGGAUAUAAGAGCUCAGCUUAUCCGGUUUUGGGAAAGCAUUCUUUACUGUGUGAACCAGGUUAAACUGGAAGGUCUUGAUGAAGAGAAGCUUUCAGAGGGUUUAGAGACUUUGGCACAGUUCAAGCAAAGAGCGGAAUAUGAUCGUGAUGUUUCAGUCAAUUUACUUGAUAGGACCUUUGUGACCAGUGAGCCCGAAGACACGCUGGCGCUCAACAAUGUUUAUUUGCAUGUCCAGGCAUUGGUGGAGAAAUGGCACCAAGACUUUAGUACUUUUGACGGAAUGUUUUUCCCGUCAGAAAAAGAUAUCCGCCGUGUCACAGCGCAGCAUUUGAGAUCAAUGUUUUUGGAAGAUGAAAAGCUCAGUGAGGAUUCAACGGGGCCGGGAUUGGCCCCCGCGGCAGAGAUAACGGGUCAAGCCGAGGCUACCAGCUCCUCGGAGCCUGCAGAGAGCCCUGACGAAGACGAAGUUACGCAGCCUAUGCCCAUCAUUGGUAUGCCAGACCUUUCAUCGCAGAAGCCUACACCAUCGGUGCGCGUGCAGACUAAAUUUGGCAAUAAGAUUGAUUUCGAGGUAGGAUCUUUGGAAAAUCAGGCUCCGAAGCCUCAAAUCAAGCCCAAAAAGGAGCAACAUGUAUCUCUGCUGGUAAAACAUUUUGAAGAGCUCUCUAGAGAGUUCGAGCUUGAACGAACUCGAGAAAGACAACGGCUGAAGGAGCGGCGUGAUGCAUUAACUUUGAAGCAAGCCCCUCCUGUUGCCGAGAUUUUGCAGGAUCUGAAUGAUGCUGAGGAAGAUUGGAAUGACGACGAUGUCCAACAGCGUACUCACGUAGACAAAUCUAGUGGCCGCGAGUUUCCAGAAAGUGGCCAGGAAGAAGAUGCUCGAUCAGUGGCCACAGCAGGUUCGGCCCCUGAUUUAGAUCUUGCCCCUGAUUCAGAAUCCAAAGGACUUGUACCCCUGUUGGAGAGGAACUCACUCAUCAAGUCACUAGUCAACUUUUGGGCAGAGAGGUCGUCAACGCGGUGGAGUGAAAUCGAAUAUAUGCUUUCACCGACCGAGCACUUGUUCAAUGAUUCACUAGUUGUGAUUCGUGAAGAUGAGCCCAGUUCUAUUAUUGCUUUUUGCUUGAGUUUACCGGACUAUCAAAGUCGUAUUCGAGCUGGCAUCUCGAGUGAACCAGACAAUGUUCUUAGCGCAGAACAGCGCAUUUUGAAGCAAACAGGAGUUCAUAUGCGCUACCAGUUUGAAGAGCGUCAAACCAAAAUCUCUUGUAAAAUCUUUUUCAGCGAACAGUUCGACGCGAUCCGUGAGCAGUGCGGAAUCGAAAAUGAAUACCUGCAGAGUUUGUCCCGAUGCAUACCGUGGGAAGGAAGCGGUGGAAAGAGUGGAUCUUCCUUCAUGAAAACAAGAAAUGACCGCUUCAUUCUCAAGGAGAUGAGCCAGCCUGAGUUUGACGCCUUCGUUUCGAUAGCACCAUCAUAUUUCGAAUACACUUCUCAGGCAUUAUUCCAUGAGCUACCUAGUGUUUUGGCUCGAAUUUUCGGCUUUUACCAAAUACAGAUCCGAAAUGUCAAUCGGCAGUAUAAGCUCUAUGUUAUGGUUAUGGAGAACCUGUUUUAUGGGCAAGAUUCAUUACGGCUGUUCGAUCUCAAAGGUUCUAUGCGCAACCGUAAAGCGGCAGAGACGGGUAAAGCUAACGAGGUUUUGUUGGAUGAGAAUAUGGUGGAAUAUAUCCAUGAACACCCAUUAUUUGUUCGGGAGCAUACUAAGAAGAUGCUCCGAACAUCUUUGUACAAUGACAGUUUGUUUUUGACAAAAAUGAAUGUUAUGGACUAUUCUCUCGUUAUUGGUAUCAAUGAACAAGCCCGUACUGUUUACGCUGGUCUCGUGGACUUUGUGCGCACCUACACCUGGGACAAGAAAAUCGAGUCCUGGGUGAAGGGUCGGACUACGACUCGGGUAAAGGAGCCUACAGUUAUAUCACCCCGUCAGUACAAGGUGCGUUUCCGGGAGAGUAUGGAGCAAUACUUUUUGAUGGUGCCCGAUUGUUGGAGUGAGCUAGCUGUGUCACAAUCUUUUCAACCAGAAGAGGUAUGA